AUGCUAAAGACGAUCUACUUCUACGACAUCCCUGGCAUUUCGAAGGCCCUCGCCUGGUCUCCAAACACAUGGAAGACGAGGUUCUGCCUCAACGCCAAAGGCCUCCCCUACAAGACCAUUUGGGUCGACUUUCCGGACAUCGAGGCGGUCUGCACCAAGAUCGGCGCCGCGCCCACCGCCAAGAAGCGUGACGGCUCCCCUGUGUACACCCUCCCCGUGAUCUACGACCCGAACACAAACACGACCGUCUCUGAGUCGCUCGCCAUCGCCCGCUACCUCGAGCGCAGGUACCCCGACCGCGUCGUGCUCAUCCCGCCCGCGCUCGACGGCCUCAUGGCCGACUUCCAAAAGGCGGUCUGGGCCACGUUCGGGCUGCCGAUGAUGAAGCUCAUCAUCCCCGCGGAGCACACGACGAUCCGCCCGGUCGCCCGGCCGUACUUCCGCGCGACUCGCGAGGCGCGGUACGGGCAGGCCCUCGAGGAGUUUCCGCCUCCUGGGAGCGCGCUCCGUGCGGAGUGUUGGGCGACGACGGAGGCCGCGGCCGGGGUGCUCGCCGGAUGGUGGGACCAGGAGGCGAACACGAAAGGUCUCGUCCCGCACCCCGCGGUGGGUGCCGGGGAGAGGACGCUGCUGAUCAGCGACGCGCUUCCGGUGUCGUACGCGGAUGCGAUCAUGGUGGGCUGGCUGUACUGGUUUAGGGAGUGUUUGGGCGAGGAGAGUGAGGAGUGGAAGAAGAUGACGACUUGGCAUGGCGGGAGGUGGGUGAGGCUUAUGGCCGUGAUGGAGAAGUAUGCCGCAGUCGACUCGGGAGAGGAGCUUCAACUGGCGAAGUUGUAA